CAGUGUGCGGAUAUGGAUGUACGCAGUCGAUGCGUUAAUGUUAGAGCUGCAGAAUGAAACGCAUUCAGAGGCGCGUGCAGAAGAACCGACAGAGUAAAGAGAUGUAAAGGCUUUAAUUUAAGCGCAGCGAGAUGCGGCGGUGAUUAAUAAAUCUAAUAAAUCUUUGUGUGUGUGUGUGUGUGUGUGUGUGUGUGUGUGUGUGUGAAGGUUGAACUGAGGCUUUGCAGCUUUCGGUCUUAAAACUGCACACAUGAGCGAUUUUACAGGAGCACCGGAGAGUCAUUUCCAUGCCUCGGACUGGGCGGUAAGUGAUGCGCGCGCGGACAUGAUGGACACACACGGGGACAUGAUGCACACACACGGGGACAUGAUGGACACACGCGGCAUGUUGUUGGGCCUCGCUGAGGAUGCUGCCUUCUCGGACUCGGACUAUCUGGACCCGAACUACACGGACGGCGAAGUACCGGCGGCGAGGACGCGCCCCAGCACCCGCAGCCGGUCCGGAGAGGUGACGGAACUUGAGGCGCAGGAAGUGCGCUGGUUCUACAGAGAGGACAAAAGGAACUGGAAGCCUUUUGUGGGACACGACUCUCUAAAGAUCGAGCUGGCUUACCGACCACUAUGCGCGCUGAGGGAUGCGCGUGAGGGCGUGUUUGAGCCAGAGGACAGUGUGUGUGAGUGUGUGUGUGACGACGCGGGUGUGGAGGCGGUGUGUGUGCGCGGAGGACUGUACGAGGUGGACGUGAGGGAGAAGGAGUGUUAUCCGGUCUACUGGAACCAGCAGGAGCGUAUCCCUGUGAUGAGAGCUCAGUGGUUUACAGAUGGGACAUGGCUGCCGCUGGAUGAGGAGGACGGAGACCUGAUAGAGCAGGAACAUUUAACCAAAUUUAGAGGACAUCGAAUAGAAGAUUCUCUCGAAACAGAGAGAGUGAACACAGCACCAGAGAGCAAGGAGGUGGUGCACAGUGUGAAGUUGAGUCGUAGUCAUGUAGACUGGCACAGUGUGGAUGAAGUUUAUCUGUACAGUGAUGCCACAACGUCCAAAAUCGCUCGCACCGUUACACAGAAACUCGGCUUCUCCAAGGCCUCCAGUAGUGGGACACGUCUUCAUCGUGGUUACGUGGAGGAGGCGGCUCUGGAAGACACGCCCCCUGCUGCCACCCACAUUGUGUUUGUGGUGCAUGGGAUUGGUCAGAAAAUGGACCAGGGGAGGAUCAUCAGGAACACUAGCAUGAUGCGUGAUGCUGCGAGAAAAAUGGCAGAGAAACAUUUUUCUGACAGAACGACAGAGCACGUGGAGUUUCUGCCUGUGGAGUGGAGAUCGAAACUCUCUCUGGAUGGAGACACAGUGGACACGAUCACACCUGAUAAAGUGCGAGGACUGAGAGACAUGUUGAACAGCAGCGCUAUGGACAUCAUGUACUACACCAGUCCCCUGUACAGGGAUGAGAUUACUCGAGGUCUGACCUCAGAGCUGAAUCGACUCUACACACUCUUCUGUUCCCGUAAUCCCGAGUUCGAGGAGAAGGGCAGAGUGUCUAUCGUUUCCCACUCGCUCGGAUGCGUCAUCACGUAUGACAUCAUCACUGGCUGGGACCCCGUCCGCUCGCAUCAUCAGGAAGCACCAGUCGCCAUGGAGACGGACCCUUCCUGGCGCAGCAGCCAUGAACAGAAACUGGUGGAGGAGCUUCAACUCACACGCAUGAGGUUGAGGGAUUUGGAGGAUCAGUUUCAGAGCCUGAAAUCCUCGAGGAAUUCUCCGGCAUUAAAAUUCAAGGUGGAGAACUUUUUCUGCAUGGGUUCUCCGCUUGCUGUGUUCUUGGCUCUGCGUGGAGUUCGUCCUGGUUCCUGCAGGACUCAGGAUCACAUCCUGCCGCGCUCCAGCUGUAACAGACUCUUCAACAUCUUCCACCCCACAGACCCAGUGGCAUACAGACUGGAGCCUCUGAUCCAGAAACACUACAGUAACAUCGCUCCUGUGCAGAUACACUGGUACAACACCAGCAGCCCCACACCAUACGAUGAGAUGCGGCCAGUGUUUCUGACACCUCUCAAGGAGUGUGUGCCUUUGUCAGAAGGUGAAAAGACACCGAGUCCCUGUACAUCACCCCCACAACAGCGCAGAGUGGGAGAGUCCAUAACCAACCUGGGGAGAGCUAGCAUCAUGGGAGCGGCGAGCAUCGGUAAAGGUAUUGGUGGAAUCCUGUUUUCUCGUUUCUCCCGUUCGAGUGGACAAAUGGGUGGAGCUGAAGAAGAGCCAAUCAACUCAGAGGUGGGGCCGUAUGAGACAGAGGGCGGGGCUCUCGGAGAAGAAGGUGGGCUUAUAGAAACAGAGGACAAGAUAGAGGAGAAGACUGAGAGAGAGAAUGGCAUGUCCCAGUCCACGUCAACCGUCAUGGACAGCUCUACACUCUUGGAGCUGGAUCUGCGUAUUGACUUUGAGCUGAGGGAGGGGCUUGUGGAGAGCCGUUAUUGGUCAGCGGUGACAUCACACACAGGCUACUGGUGUUCGUACGACGUAGCUCUGUUUCUGCUGAUGUUCAUGUACAGAGAGGAAACGACACACGGAGAAGGGGAGGACAUCACUGAGUCAUAACACACACACACGCACACACACACACACAGACACACACACUCACUCAAACACACACACACACUCACAAACACACACACAGACACACUCUCACAGACACACACUCUCUCUCUCACACACACACUCUCACACACACACUCGCAGACAAACACACACACUCACACACACACACACACACACACUCUCACACACACACCUACAGACACGCUCUCACAGACACACACACUCUAUCUCACACACCCACAGACACACUCUCACAGACACACACACAUACACACACUCUCACAGACAAACACACACACACACACACACACACACACACACACACACACAGACAGACAAACUCUCUCAGACACACACUCUCACACAGACACACUCACACAGACAUGUACGUAUGCUCUCACAUUAACAUGGCUGAUGUUUGAUCACAGUGGGAUUAGUAGAUGAUAGAAAACGAUGUCCAUUAUUCAUUAGUCUUUCAGUAAAGUCUUUUCAUGAGGAAACCAGAUUUAGAAAGAUUUAUGAAUUAUUAGUUCCUCCUCCUUAAUAGGGUGCCAAUACUUUUGUCCUCAUUGAAGAGACACAGGUCCUAUGUUUUCAGCUGAGUUUCUCAACAUGGUCAUGAAAUAAAAUAAAUCAAUGAAAUAAUAAUGUUUAUAAAACCCACAGUAAGUCCAGAACAUGUGGACGAUCCAUCAGCGCUAACACUAAUGAGGCAUGAACACACACAAGACUCACAUGAACAUUUCUGUUAGACAUCAGGGAUCAGGACUCGUGAGUGGUGUGUGUAGAGACACAAGAUUAUUGGCUGAGGCUGACCGCAGUGCUGCGCUGUGAUUGGUCAUUCAUGUGAAUAUUAGUGCAGGUUUGUAAUAUAAUAAUAUCAGAGAUCGUUAUGUCUGAGUGGUGAAGCUGUAACAGAGCUGACGUUCAUUUACAACAGGAAGAUCUGCAGCUGUGGAGAAUGUUAAUUAUUCAAAAUGUAAAACGUGACAAAUAUAACAGACAUGUUGUGUACCAGUGCUGUGCUCGGUCAUGGACACUGCUCAUUGGCUGAAAUAACUCAUCACCACCGUCACUAUGUUGACGUCACCAGGGUUACCAUGCCCUGAUGUCCAGCUCACAUUAAAAAGACUCAGAUUGUGUGAAUGAUGUGUUCCACUAAUUAUUUAUUAACAUGAUUUUUCUGCACACACAAAGACUUAUUGCUCUUAAUAAAUUUUAAUUAAAAUUUCUGUAAUAAACAGAAUGAUUCUGAUGUUUAAAGGAUGUCACUGAUUUUCAGUAAUGUUUUAUUGAGUUGUUUGUCUUUCACAGAUUUUUUAUUUACAUUAAUUUAAAGGUCUUUAUACAUGUUAUACUGUACAAAUCACUGUGUGUGUGUUUCUGUGUGUGUGUCUGUGAGUGUGUGUGUUUCUGUGUGUGAGUGUGUCUGAGUGUGUGUUUCUGUAUGUGUGUGUUUCUGUGUGUGUGUCUGUGAGUGUGUGUGUGUGUUUCUGUCUGUGAGUGUGUCUGAGUGUGUGUGUGAGUGUGUGUGUGUGUGUGUGAAUGUGUGAAUGUGGGAUUUCUCCACUGCCAGUCAUCACAUUAUUUCAGU